UACUUCAGUUGACAUUAUCUGGAGGAAACCGGAACGAGAAGUGGCAACUCCGAUCCAGGCAUGGGCGAUGAACUUGAGGCUUUCUCAGAGGAGGAGCUUCGACGGCGGCCAGAAGUAAGGAUCAUCAACAAGUAUGCGCUCACUGUAGCGUACAUUAGAUUUGCCCUGAAAUCUAUCGGGGCCCUGUUGCUUUUGUGGGCCACCGUCGUCCUCCUCGGCGGCUUCGUCUCGUCGCUGAAAAGGGUCGAUUUUUGGUACCUGACCACCAUCGCGUUCCUGCAGGCUGCCGGGGUAUUUGACGUGAUGGGAGAUGCUCGCUUUGCAUUCUUUGAGGAUUGGCUUGAUUCGCUUAUGCAGAAUGUUGAGUCGUGUCAUCUUGAGCAUACCCAGUUGCGUAUGAGACAAUGGCUGAAAAGAAAAUUACAUAUGCUAAUAGAUAUCAUUCUGAUCGUGAUAUUUUUACCAGCGGUGUACUUUGCUCUUGCUGGGCCAGUUCUGUGCAUUGUGCUAUCGGCGAUUCGCGUAGCAAACCAAGGCUAUGGUAUCGCCGACGGAGAAACAAGUAAAGCAAAUUUGAAUCGGGCGCUGGACUUAUACUACUACGUAUCUCUUGCUCACGGCACAAUAUGCUUAUUGUGUAUGCUCUCUGAAGUCACUGCUAAUGAAGUCGUCGUAGUUUCUCUUUGGCUACGACAUGGUUUCAGCCUCGACCUACUUGACGGAUACUUGCGCGAAACCAAGCAGAUGUGUGUACACAACCCCGCAUCCAUAAUGAACUGGAAUUUGAUCACGUAUGGUGCCAGCUUGCUAGAUUCCCAAUCACCGGAGGACUAUGUGGCUGGAGGAAGGGUACUAACUAUGCUGAUUGAUCAGGGUAUGCCGUUAUCUAUAAGACGGCUGAUGAUCAGGUCACCGAGAGAAAGAAUUCAGAAGCUGAUUGGGACCCUUGCCUGGAGAAGCCCAGCCGAAAGAGAGAUGAGAUGGCUUGCAGCAAGGAUCGUGGAGCAUCUCGCCGCUGACAUCAACCUUACUCACUUUCCAGGAGCACUAGAAUGCAUAUCCUCCCUCUUUGACACCUCAUGUCAUAACAAUGGUGAUCAGGAAGCUCUUCAUUUGCCUUUUGUAAUUGGACAUAGCAAGCAGAAGAGAAGGAUAAGUUUGCUAGACAGAGUUGUUGCUGCUACACUGGAGGGUCUGCUUAAUUCCAGGUCCUUUCAGCGUCAAUUCCGUGUACAAUUGAUUCGCAGGUAUGUCAGAAAGCAGCAGCACAACAGUGAGGAUCUGGUCUUCCCAGGCUUAAGAAUUCUAGAGAACCUGGCUCACGACACACAUAACUGCACACUGAUAUACAACACCAAGGGUCUUCUUUCAAAAAUAGUUGCACCUGUCAGCUCCAACGAAUUUGUGCAAGAUACCAAGAGCAGCGCUGCAUGGACCAAGGUGGUAGACGGAUCACUGAAAGUGGUGAGCCGGCUCAUGAGUUCUUCGGGAAGCACUGGCAUAAAGAUGCACAGACUAAUUGCGAACAAUAGUAAUGCAGUCAAAAACUUAGAGGCCAUUCUGGACAUGGAUAUGAAGAGCAAAAGUGGGAUCAUAAAGCUACAGACGCAAGCUCUAGAGGUUCUUACACAACUAACCUUGCACCAUCCAGCAAGUACUUCUGCAGAAAAACUUAUUAAGAAGGCGCUACACAUCUUCCUUACCGCAGAUUGGAUGAGAGAUUAUUUGGAACACGAGAAAAGGAACAUCGACCAACCAACUACAAUCCAACAAAAUAUGUCAUUAAGACCGUCAAUGCGAUCACGUUUGAGUAAUCUUAUUAAGAAGGCCAAUGGAGCAUGGGCGAGAGAGAAGAUGGCCGAACAAGCCGCAAAAGAACGUGUGGAAAAAAAGAUGAAAGAAGCUCAGGAAACUGCAAUCCAGCAUAAAGAAAAGGCUGGUGAAGCGUUGGCCAGGAUAUCCAGUGAUUCAGAGGCUAUCAAGAGCUUCACAGGAGGCAACAAUGAUGUCCUUGGUCUUACUGAAUUGCUUGACUCCAAUAUUAAGACCAUCAAAUGCGAAAUAAGUGCAACAGAUAGUGUGGAAAUAAAGAUCAACACGGGCUGUCGUAUUAGCGCAGCAAUCAUUUUGAAGCAUUUGAGAAACUACGAUAAGGAAACAACCUUACGCAAGGUACUUGCAGAAUUAAUUCCUAUACAGGCAGAAGCGAGUAGCGCAAGCACGCCGCGGUGGUGUGGGCAUGCCAACUCUUGCUCUUGCCUUGGGAACGGCAUAGAAAACGGUGCCAUCUCUUGUGUUAUAUCAUUUGGAACCGGGGUGGCGGCUGGUUGCUUUCCAAAAAAACCAAGUGAUGGUGAGCAAGACAAGCCUUCCGCUUCACUUAGCUACCACAUCCAGCAGUGUUGGGAGAGGAGGCUCCAAGCUGAGCUGUUAUCACUCGUCGCGGGGAUCCUUGCAAAUGGCAAUUAUAAUUUUGCAGAAGUUUUAAUAUCGCCACCGGCUUCGGAUAGCCUGCUGGAAGACUUUGUGAUGAGGCUCAAGAAGAUGGUGGAAGACAACUUAUAUGCCACCCCGGCAUGCCUGGCAAUACAGAAGCUCAUCUGUGAGAUGGUUACAGGAUUUCUCCAACAUGAUGGAUACGUCGAAGUGAUCGACAAGCACAAUAUCGUUGCCACAUUACUGGAGGCUUCAGAGGUGAUGGACUGUCUUGAGAGCAGCAUGCUUUUCUCUGGUGUCGAUCAUGACUGCCACGGGGUUCCUCUGAAGCCUCUUUCUUCUGUUCUCGCAAAAAAUUCCGAAGAUCUUUUGGCACAGAGGAAACAGGCUCUGGGCAUCAACAUUGUGCCUGUCAGUGCCGCAAUACCGUGAUUGCUGCAUUACAGAGUAUCUUUGCAUAUUAAAAGUACUGGAACGGGUAUUGAAUUCUCGAUGUGAUGUAUGCUUGUAGUUUUUUCUUCUUUUGUUUCCUUUGCGGAUUUGUGAGGCUUUGUAAUAAUAACUGGUGCGGUGGGCAUCAACAUUGUGCCUGCUGGCGUACCCAUUCAGCUUGUAGCUGCCAAUUAAUGUCCUGUUGAAUGUUUA